AUGGCACCACUUCUCCUGCUCUGCACACUGUGUGCCCUUCUUCUGCCCACCCUGAACGCUCAGGCGGUCACCGGCAAUAAGGCGACAAACGGCACCACCUGCCCGGAAGCGGACGUUGCCAUACGCGACGUCACCCCGCAGCAGUGUUGUGGCAGCUUUCUCGAGGCACACAAAGCCAUCAUCGACUGUAUGGGCAAAACCGGUACCGGCGCCGGUACAUCCUGCAUUGCGCACUGCAUCCUGCAGAACUUCCACACCCAGAAGCUGCUGGUCGGGUCGACGGUUUCGGUGUCGCAGAUGAUCACGAUCGGGCCGAAGCUGUUCGCGCACUACGAGCGCUGCCACACUGAUCUGUUCGAGUACGUGAUUGGUAAUGUGUUCGAUGGGGACUUUCGGCGCGUGAUUUGUGACGAGCGGUUGAACCGAUUCUUUGAGUGUAUGGUCAGGAGCUGGUUCGAGGACUGUUUGGGCUUCGAUGACGCGAAUCCUAAGUGUGGAGAACUGCAAAAGGUUGUCAAGUCGUCGAGCUGUAGCUUGAGCUCGUUCUUCACCAAACCCGAAACGGCGUAGUAGUCCUUGACAACUCGGUCCAUUGUGUC